GGUGGUAACCAAUAUAGAUGGAGUAGGAGGGAGAGUAGCAGGGGAUGAAGUCAGAGGAGUGGCAGAAGGUCAGAGGACAGAGGGUCUUGUAGACCAUUAUAAAGAUUUCGGCUUUUACCCUUAGUGAGAUGGGAAGUCAUUGGAGGCUCUUGAGGAGAUAAUACGGAAGCUGUAGAGAGGUUAAAUAGCUUUUCCAAGGUAAAACAGCUUGAGUGGCAGAAGGUAGGGAGUUAAGCGCCAAGGCUGAAGUUCUUAACCCUAUGCUGCAUUUGGGCAUUGCUCUCCUGUGACUUCAAAGAAACUGGGACACUGGGAAGUUAUGCGGCUUGCCUAAGGCCACACAGCUGGUAAGUGACAGGGGCAGGAUUGCGCCUUAGUCUGUCUGCAGCCCGACUCCAAGUUCUUUACACCACACCGCCUCCCUCAGGUGUCUGGACCAUACUGGCUUCUCUUGCAUGGAGGUCACUGAAGUGGGAGAGGAGGCAAACCGAGGAGACCGUCUCGGCUUCGGGCGGCGGUGCUGUUCCUUAGGAAGCUCCAGCCCUUGGCUCUACCAGACUGCGGGCAUCUUUCCCGAGCAAGGCACGGAAGAAAAGAAAAUUGGCCUUUAUUUCGGGGUGGCCCAGCAGGCAUCCAAGAGCCAGAGGAGCAGGUGUCACGGGAGAGCGGCGAGCAAGGCCAGGCCAGGAGGAGCAACCGCAGCUGCCCACGGUCGCCCCUUCCUGACCCACCCCAGGUGUCCGGAGUUCCGCGCCCGGGUAGGGGAAGGAGGGCGGACGGGGCGGGGUCGUCGGGGGCCCACCAUGCUGGUGACUGCCUACCUUGCUUUUGUAGGCCUCCUGGCCUCCUGCCUGGGGCUGGAACUGUCAAGAUGCCGGGCUAAGCCCCCUGGAAGGGCCUGCAGCAAUCCCUCCUUCCUUCGGUUUCAACUGGACUUCUAUCAAGUCUACUUCCUGGCCCUGGCAGCUGACUGGCUCCAGGCCCCCUACCUCUAUAAACUCUACCAGCAUUACUACUUCCUGGAAGGUCAAAUUGCCAUCCUCUAUGUCUGUGGCCUUGCCUCUACAGUCCUUUUUGGCCUGGUGGCCUCCUCCCUUGUGGAUUGGCUGGGUCGCAAGAAUUCUUGUGUGCUCUUCUCUCUCACGUACUCACUAUGCUGCUUAACCAAACUCUCUCAGGACUACUUUGUGCUGCUAGUGGGCCGAGCACUUGGUGGGCUGUCUACAGCCCUGCUCUUCUCAGCCUUCGAGGCCUGGUACAUCCAUGAGCACGUGGAACGGCAUGACUUCCCUGCGGAGUGGAUCCCAGCUACCUUUGCUCGAGCUGCCUUCUGGAACCAUGUGCUGGCUGUAGUGGCAGGUGUGACAGCUGAGGCUGUAGCAAGCUGGAUAGGGCUGGGGCCUGUAGCGCCCUUUGUGGCUGCCAUCCCUCUCCUGGCUCUGGCAGGGGCCUUGGCCCUUCGAAACUGGGGGGAGAACUAUGACCGGCAGCGUGCCUUCUCAAGGACCUGUGCUGGAGGCCUGCGCUGCCUCCUUUCAGACCGCCGUGUGCUGCUGUUGGGCACCAUACAAGCUCUAUUUGAGAGUGUCAUCUUCAUCUUUGUCUUCCUCUGGACACCUGUGCUGGACCCACAUGGCGCCCCUCUGGGCAUUGUCUUCUCCAGCUUCAUGGCAGCCAGCCUGCUUGGCUCUUCCCUGUACCGUAUUGCCACCUCCAAGAGGUACCACCUUCAGCCCAUGCACCUGCUCUCCCUUGCUGUGCUCAUCGUCGUCUUCUCUCUCUUCAUGUUGACUUUCUCUACCAGUCCAGGCCAGGAGAGUCCAGCGGAGUCCUUCAUAGCCUUUCUACUUAUUGAGUUGGCUUGUGGACUAUACUUUCCCAGCAUGAGCUUCCUACGGAGAAAGGUGAUCCCUGAGACAGAGCAGGCUGGUGUACUCAACUGGUUCCGGGUACCUCUGCACUUACUGGCUUGUCUAGGGCUCCUUGUCCUCCAUGACAGUGAUCGAAAAACAGGUACUCGGAACAUGUUCAGCAUUUGCUCUGCUGUCAUGGUGAUGGCUCUGCUGGCGGUGGUGGGACUCUUCACCGUGGUAAGGCAUGAUGCUGAGCUGCGGGUACCCUCACCUACUGAGGAGCCCUAUGCCCCUGAGCUGUAACCCCAUGCCAGGACAGGAUAGCUGGGACAGACUCUUGAAUUCCAGCUAUCCAGGAUUGUACAGAUCUCUCUGUGACUGACUUUGUGACUCUGUCCUGUGGUUUCUCCUGCCACUGCUUUGUGUUUGGGAGGACAUGAUGGGGGUGAUGGACUGGAAAGAAGGUGCCAAAAGUUCCCUCUGUGUUACUCCCAUUUAGAAAAUAAACACUUUUAAAUGAUCA